CAUACUUUAUUUCUGUUAUUAUUGUGUUAUAACUGAUGAUGAGGGUGGUGGUACUGAAGGGUCGGGAGAAGAACUCAGAGUAACGGGGUGAACUGAGGCUACGGCGGGGUAAACCGUACUCAGUACUUGGGCUGCUACCGUAAUUGCUGUGUAAUUAAGUGUAAGCGGUGCUUUACUUUGUGCUCUUGACUUGAAGCUGCUGUCCUGCAGUUUUUCGAGCGAGAGAAAAACAAACAAACAAACAAACAAAGAAAGCGCCGCGAGAACCUCUGAUUUCCGGAACUUCGGUGCGGACUCCCAGCCAGCGCGAGCUCAGAGUAGGAUUGAGUCUGAGGAGCGGGAAUGUUCCGUGUCCGAACUUCUUUUUUUUUGGCCUCUAAUCAUAGGUAAAUGUUCACGUAGGAGCCUAGCAGCGCACUGAUAUCCAAAACCUUUGUUUUUGGCUAAGUUUUGUCCUGGGGGCGGCAAGUCAGUUUUAACUGGACUCGAGUCGAUCGAUCGAUGUGUUCGCGAAAACCGAGCGAGUCAAGUGUUGAAGUCUUGAAGACAAGUCCCCGCUGCGUGAGAAUAAAAUAAUUCAUUCAAGUGUGCUGACUUUGAGAAUAGUUCUCAGAAAACAAUGAUAGUUAUUAUAUUUAAUGAUUAAAAUUCGCCGACAUCUGCGUUAUAACUUGUAAGUGAACGCGUAGUGGAGUUUUGGUAUUCACCGACCGGGUUUGUUGAUUUAUUCAGUGAAUACUCUUACUUACUGUAUCUGUAGUGUAGUGUAAUACUCUACUAGUAAAUAGGUAGACACACACGAAGGCUUUUAUUUAACUUUUUUUUUCUUUUUUCUUAAAAACCUCGGGUAAGUACAAUAAAAAGUGGAGACAAAAAUAUAUUGCCUCAGACAUUCAGUCAGUGCCGUUGUUGUAGUGUCCAGUCCCAGCAACAGCAGACAGAGGAGCUGUGAGCUGUGGAAGUCAAGUGCGCUCACUUAAUGAUCGGGCCUAUGAUACUCCUCCUGUGUUCCUGUGUCUCAUAUAGCCAGGGAACGAAAUGAUGAAUGUCUGGGUGGGGAAAUGCAGGAAAUCGCAUUUUUCUUCGCGUCAAACAUUUUUCAAAAGAGACGAGUGAUUGCAGAAAUUGGGGGGGGGUUAAUGAGCUGAGAAAGUCACCAUCUUUGGAAAUCUAUAACACGAGCAUUGCAGAAUGGCAACCCAGUGUGUAUAGAAGGAAGUUCUGUUAGCGAAGGCUUGUACUCUCACUUUCUUCCUGUCCCUCGUUUGCUCACGCACUCGCUCUCUCUUUGUCACUCUCGUGCUGUCAUGCUCUUUGACACGACCUCUGCUUAAACUGUUCUUUCGAAACCUCAAAACCCCAAAUGGCUGACACUCUCUGGUGACCGGUGGUUGUUAUCUGUGUUUCCAUGCAAUUCCCCAAUAGCCAUGUGGCCACUGUGACGCUGAUAAGCCGACGGCUGUGAGCAAGGCGUUCGGCCGAAUCGAUCAGAUGUCGGCGGAGCGGGCUUCUCUUCCCGCCGGGGGGAAGACACGGGCCAAGUCCUAUGGCAGUCUAGUGAACUCCUCCGUGUCUCCGCUGAGACAGAGGCGGCUAGAGCACCAGGUCCAACCAGGAGAGACGCUGCAGGGCCUGGCACUGAAGUACGGCGUGUCGAUGGAACAAAUUAAAAGAGCCAACCGACUGUACACCAAUGACUCGAUAUUCCUAAAGAAGUCUCUUUGGAUCCCUGUGCUGACAGACUUUCAUAGCUUUGACAAUGGAGUUUCCCAAGAGGGCAUGGGUCUGUUUGACACUGACAAGGAGCAGGAGGACUCUGGUGAAAACAGUGAGCCAGUCACCAAUAAAGACAAGGGGCAAGCAGAUGAGGAACAGGGCCCAACUGAUUUAUCGCCUAUGGACUUCCUGAAAAGGAUGGAUGGUUUGAUCAGCCAGUCCAAACUAGCAGCUGUUAAGAAGAUCCAAGAAGGAGGCAAGGGAUUUACAUGUGCUGAAGAGUUUGGCCCUCAUAAUACCUCAUCACAAAAGCCUGUGAACUACCGGGGUCCUGCUUCCUGCUCUGUAAACCAGCGGCCUCUGCUGGGAGCCGUCCCCCUGACCAUCACCAAACGCACCAAGAAACUGAGGGACAGGGAGGAUGAGAUCUUUGAAUUGUGAUGUCGCAGGUAUUGCACUGAAUCUGCUUUUUGCACAGGUGGUGGUAGGUAUGUCUGGUGUGACUUUCACUGAGACGACAUCCAGACCAUAGUGUCUUCUUUUAAGAGCUGGUCAGUAGGGUUAAUUCAGUGAGGCUGUGUGCCAUACUUUGGUUAGCUGAUUCUUUUUAGUGCACAUCUAUUUUGGUUAUCAGAAAAUGUGAAUAGUAAAUUGCACACUGCAACAUAUUUUGGAGUAUACAUUAUGGUCUGACAUACUCAAAGACCCAGUGCUGAAAAAGUGGUUGUGUUUUGAACACUCUACUGCCUUGACACCCAUUCCAUUUUAAGUGAACAUGAGUGACAGAACAAGUGAAAAGAUUUGGGCAUAAGAAGAAUUAGUAAAAUGUGCUUUGUAUGUUGUGAAAGUGAACUACUGGUAACUUCUGAAUAAUUUAAUAAUGGUCAAAAAUAUAAAAAUGUGAAAGAUUUGAUUUUUAAAUCCUUAUUACCAUUCUUCACUACUUACAUGGUAAAAGUUCAUGUCCUGGUAUUAGACGGUUGCUACAACUGGAUGUUCACUGACUCUAUCGUCGUUUUAUCAUCUUUGUAUUUUUAUCCCACACUGUCUUCCGGUCAUUACAUUCUUAAUUUUGGUGGAAAUGUCUCAACCUCUGUUUAAAAAAAAAAAAACAAAAAAAAACCCUGGAUUAGUUAACAAGGUCUGUAUGGUUAAAACUGUAAGGAACCAUUUGUAUUUUGAUAGGAAUGUGCGUAAUGUUUGUUUUUUGUGUGUGUUGUAGAAAACCUACAUUUAAUUUGUGUAACAAACUACAUGGGAUUCUAUGGGAGAAUUCUUUGCUGUCACUUUUCCCUCUUUUGGGUCUUAACAGUUCUACACAACAGAAACCCAUGACUGGAAGGGGCAUUGCACUCUUAGCUGCUCAUUAACACUAAUUUUUAUUUCUGGAAUUGACUUUGUUAUGUUUGCAGUGGUUCACAUGACUGAAUAUUUCUUAUUUUUCACCAGAACAUUUUAUUCUCAAAGCUCACCAUAGAGACAAGCACAUCGGGUGGUUCUCUUGCAUUCUUAUGGCUGGUUUUGUAUGAUCUUUGCCAGGUCUGGGCGAUCCCGUAUUGCCAAUUGUAUAGACAUAAAUUUUGGAAACUGCAGAUACUGUUAAAAUGUGUUGUUUAUGCAACAAAUGGUUGUAGUAAUUUCUGCUGAGCAUUAAAUUUAUUGUUGAUUCAAAUUUUAACUUGACUUGAAUUCUGAAAGCCAGUAUUCCCCUUGCAUGUGUUUUUUGAGUGGAUGAAACAACAUGACAAGCAUUCCAGAAAUUGUAAACAUGGGCUUUUGUUCCAAAUGUAUUUAAAUACAAAUGUGCAGUGCUGUAUCUAUUAAGUAGGUUGCACUGCUCAUUUAGCCAUUAAAUAUACCCCCC